UCCCCUCUGAAAAAUUUCCAAUACUUAAUUAAUAAAUCUUAUCAAUUCUACAUUUUAUUAUAAUUACUUUUGAUAUUGAAACAGUAAUUUAGACAUUAGACAUUCAUUAACAUCUUAGAAACUAGAGGAUAAAUCAACAUGUCUAAUUUUGUAUCAUCACCCGGAAGAAUUCCUUCUGAUUCUGCUCGAUUAUUACAAUCAUCACAAGCAGGAAUUCCAUCAUCAUCAUUAGGUAGAGAAGCUCAUGCACCUCAAAGUAGUCAAUUACCAUUUUCAGAGGGGAAUUUUCCUUCAAAUCAAGGAGAAAGUCAACCAGUAAAUCAAAUAGUUGCUGGUAGAAGAAGACAAGUUAAUGUUCCUAAAGUAGUUGAUGUAACUGCUGAAAAAGUUCGAGAAAGCUUUGAAUUAUUUAUUGAAGAUUUUAUUGAUCAAAGUGCUAUUGAUCCUGAUAAUGAAAAUGAUGGUAGAGUUUAUCUUUCACAAAUUCAAGCUAUGAAAACUUAUGAAAUAAGUACUUUAUAUGUUAAUUAUCAUCAUUUAGUAGUUCGUGAAAAUGGGGUAUUAGCAACUGCUAUUUUAGAACAAUUUUAUAGAUUUUAUCCAUUUUUAUUAAAGGGAUUAAGAAAAUUAUUAAAGAAAUAUGCUCCAAGUUUAUUAUAUACUAAUGCUAUUGGUAGUACUAAUGAAGAUGAAGCAACUACACAAAGUGGUUCAUCAACAACUACAUCAUCACAAUCUAAUGAAAGAGUAUUUCAAAUAGCAUUCUUUAAUUUACCAACCAUUCAUAGAAUUAGAGAUAUUAAAACAAGUAAAAUUGGAUCUUUAAUGUCAAUUCUGGGUACUGUUACAAGAACUUCUGAAGUUAGACCAGAAUUAUAUAUGGGAAGUUUUACAUGUAAUAUUUGUAAUGCAAUUAUUGAAGGUAUUGAACAAGUAUUUAAAUAUACUGAACCAACUUCAUGUCCAUCAUGUGAAAAUCAAUCAUAUUUUACAUUAAAUGUUAAUAAAUCUCAAUUUAUUGAUUGGCAAAAGGUUAGAAUUCAAGAAAAUUCCAAUGAAAUUCCAACUGGUUCUAUGCCAAGAACUAUUGAUGUUAUAUUAAGAGGUGAAGCAGUUGAAAGAGCUAAACCUGGUGAUAAAUGUAAAUUUACUGGAACUGAAAUUGUUAUACCUGAUGUAUCUCAAUUAGGUUUACCUGGUGUAAAACCUCAAUCAAUUAAAGAAAAUAGAGGUUCAGCAUCUUCUGAAUUAAAUUCAGGUAUUACAGGUUUAAGAUCUUUAGGAGUUCGAGAUUUAACUUAUAAAAUUGCCUUUAAUGCAUUCCAUGUUUCUUCAUUAGUUAAUAAAGCUAAUGAAGAUGAAAAUGAAAAUGAAAAAACUGAAAUUGAUUUUCAAGGAACUAAUGAUCAAGAAAUCUUUUUAACUACUUUAAGUGAAGCAGAAGUAUCACAAUUAAAAGAAAUGGUUAAAGAUGAUCAUAUUUAUGAUAAAUUAGUUCAAUCGAUUGCUCCAGCAGUAUUUGGUCAUGAAGUUGUUAAAAAGGGUAUAUUAUUACAAUUAUUAGGAGGAGUUCAUAAACAAACUGUAGAUGGAAUUAAUUUAAGAGGUGAUAUUAAUGUAUGUAUUGUUGGAGAUCCAUCAACUUCAAAAUCACAAUUUUUAAAAUAUGUUUGUCGAUUUUCUCCUCGAGCAAUUUAUACAUCUGGUAAGGCAUCAUCAGCUGCUGGUUUAACUGCUGCAGUUGUUAGAGAUGAAGAAACUGGAGAUUUUACUAUUGAAGCGGGAGCAUUAAUGUUAGCUGAUAAUGGAAUAUGUGCUAUUGAUGAAUUUGAUAAAAUGGAUAUUUCUGAUCAAGUGGCAAUUCAUGAAGCUAUGGAACAACAAACUAUAUCUAUUGCUAAAGCAGGUAUUCAAGCCACAUUAAAUGCUAGAACUUCUAUUUUAGCAGCUGCUAAUCCAAUUGGUGGUAGAUAUAAUAGAAAAAUGGGUUUAAGAGCCAAUUUAAAUAUGACAGCUCCAAUUAUGUCAAGAUUUGAUUUAUUCUUUGUAAUUUUAGAUGAUUGUAAUGAAAGAAUUGAUACUCAAUUAGCUUCUCAUAUUGUGGAUUUACAUAUGUUAAGAGAUGAUGCAAUUGAUCCACCAUAUAGUGCCGAACAAUUAUCAAGAUAUAUUAAAUAUGCUAAAACUUUUAAACCUAGAAUGACAAAGGAAGCUCGAGACUUUUUAGUAUCAAGAUAUAAAGAAUUAAGAGAUGAUGAUGCUCAAGGUUUAGGUAGAUCAUCUUAUAGAAUUACUGUUAGACAAUUAGAAUCUAUGAUUAGAUUAUCAGAAGCUAUUGCUAGAGCCAAUUGUACUGAUGUUAUUACUCCAAGUUUUGUGGCUGAAGCUUAUGAUUUAUUAAGACAAUCUAUUAUCCGAGUUGAAAUGGAUGAUAUAAAUGUUGAUGAUGAUGAGGAAGAAGCAGCAGCAGGUAAUGGAGAUGAUGAAGAAGAAGAAGAUCAACAGCAACAACAUCAACAACAAGAAGGUGAUAAUAGUAAUGACCAACCACAAGAUUCAGCUACUACACCAGCUGCUAAGAAAGAAAAAGAUUCUACUUCUAUAAGUUAUGAUAAGUAUAUCUCAAUGAUGAAUUUGUUAGUUAAGAGAGUAUCUGAUGAUGAUAAUCAAGGGGGUGAAGGAUUAACCAGUAAUGAUUUAGUCGAUUGGUAUUUAACCCAAAGAGAAAAUGAUAUUCAUACUGAACAAGAAUAUUAUAAAGAAAGAAAAUUAGCUUAUAAAGUCUUAAAGAGAUUAGUAAAAGAUAGAAUCUUAAUGAGUGUUACAAACAAUGAUGAUUUAUUACCUGAUGAAGAAAAUUCUUCAGUAACUGCCUCUAAGACUGUUUAUAUUUUACAUCCAAAUUGUGCUAUUUUGGAUUUCUUUGAUCAACCAGGAGGUAAUCAAGAAGGAGAAACUAUUGAAGAUAGUAAUUAAUUGAAGUAAAUUGGGGAAUAUGUAUAUUACAAGUGUAUAAUUAUAAUUUAUAAUACCUAGUGUUAAUACGAUGAAAUUUAUCUUAAACG